AUGCGUGGUUUGUAUUCUCCUUCGAGCUUCAUUAGUAUCGUCUCUGUUUUUUAUUUAGGUGGAGAUGAAACUAGCUACAGUGGGGAAGAGAAAGCGGUGAAGAAAGGAAGAAAGGUUGAUGGCAAAGGUGCCGGUGAGGGUGGAAGAGAAGACGACGAAGGUUAUGGCUUGAUGGCGUCGGUCGUCCCCGACGGGGCAGGGGAAUGGGGGGCGGCGGCGACUGUGUGGUAG